CUCUUAACAACACUGGCUCUUACAACAAGCCAGCUUGCAGUACAGAGAGGAGGCAAUGAGUAGCGGGGUGUGGUUUCCUACGCUGGGGCUGGUGGCCUGGCUGUGCUGCCUCAGUCUGGGGCCCGUUCAAGGGGGGAAGGUGCUGGUUCUGCCUGUGGAUGGGAGCCACUGGCUUAGCAUGAAGAUACUGGUGAAGGAGCUCAGCCACAGGGGCCACGAGGUCUUAGUGCUGGUGCCUGAAUGCAGCCUGUUGAUGAAAGGCUCAGAGAGCUACAAGACUGAGAUCUACAAAGUCCCCUAUACCAAAGCUGAACUGGAUGGAAAUUUCGACGAGCUGAAGGAUGGAGUGUUCCUCAAGCCACCAGAAUUCACAGAUAUGUUUAUCAAUGUGCAGCGUUUGAUUAACUUUACUUCAAUGCAGGUGACAGGUUGCGAGAGUUUGCUGAACAACAAGCCUUUAAUGAGUCGACUGAGGGGAGAGGGCUUCGAUCUUGUGCUUACAGACCCCUUCCUUCCCUGUGGCUCUAUCCUGGCUCAUAUCUUUUCCAUUCCAGCUGUUUAUUUCCUGCGUGGACUUCCAUGUGAGCUGGAUUCAAAGGCUAAUCAGUGCCCCGCUCCUCUUUCCUAUGUCCCUGUGUCCUUCUCUGGUAAUACAGACAUCAUGACCUUCCCACAGAGAGUGAAAAACAUGAUCAUGCAUUUUGUGGAGUCCUACAUGUGCAAAAUAAUCUAUCAGCAUUUUGACGAGCUGGUCAGCAGGCAUGUAGAAGACAGCAUGACUUACAAGGAGCUUCUUAGUCAUGCUGGUUUCUGGCUUCUCAGAUAUGACUUUGUUUUUGAAUGGCCCAGACCCAUCAUGCCAAAUUCAGCUUUUAUUGGAGGCAUCAAUUGUGCAAAGACAUCUCCUCUGCCAGCAGACUUGGAGGAGUUUGUGGAAGGCUCAGGAGAUGACGGCUUUAUUGUCUUUACCCUGGGCUCAAUGGUGUCCACCAUGCCUGAGGAGAGGGCUAAAGAGUUCUUUGAUGCCUUUCGGCAAAUUCCUCAGAGGGUUUUGUGGAGGUACACUGGAGUCCCACCUGCAGAUGCACCCAAAAACGUCAAACUUUUGAAAUGGUUACCUCAGAAUGACCUCCUGGCCCAUCCCAAAGCUAAAGUCUUCAUCACUCACGGAGGUACCCAUGGCGUCUACGAGGGCAUCUGUAAUGCUGUACCCAUGUUGAUGUUCCCACUGUUCGGGGACCAGGGAGACAACGUUAACCGCAUGGUGACGCGCGGCAUGGCAGAGAAACUCAACAUUUAUGAUGUGACAUCUGAAAAACUAUUGGCUGGCCUAAAUAAAAUCAUCCAUGACAAAAGUUACAAAGAGAAGGCAGUGGAGCUGUCUGAGAUACACCUGGACCGCCCUGUUCAGCCUUUGGACCUGGCUGUUUUCUGGACUGAGUUUGUUAUGAGACACGGAGGAACCGAACACCUAAGGGUAGCUGCACAUGAGUUAAACUGGAUUCAGUACCAUUCCCUGGACGUCAUGGGCUUUUUUGUCAUAAUUCUCCUAACUGUUGUGUGGGUGACACUCAAAUGCUGCUUGUUCUGCACACGCAAGUGUUUCAGGAAAGGGAGUGCAAAGAAAAAGAAGAGAGAGUAGUGUUUGCAAUGCGACAUUCAUUAGGUUUAUAAAUUCUGUAAUGAAGUGAAUAAUGGAGGUUGAAACACUGCAAUCACAUUUAAAGCGGGUGUACUGUAUAUAUGCUUACAUAUAUACAUCGGGAUGUGUGUGUGUGUUUGUGUGUGUGUGUGUGUAAUGUGUGUGAAUGUGAAAUCUGUGCCAUUAUUACAUUGUAUUUAACAAAUGUGUAACAUGAUGCUGGCAAUGAUUGAUUGGAGCCAUCCUAUGGAAAACAAACUUACAAAAUAAAAUUUGACUUUGAACCAGU